AUGAACUCUUCAUGUGCCGACAUUUUGCUUUUCGCAGCAUACAAGUGGCAAAUUACUAAACCAUCACUCUUGACAGAAACUAACGACACCUAUGACACUAGCUCAAACAAGUACUGGGUUGACGUACAAUUGAGAUGGGGUGACUUUGACUCUCACGACAUUGAAAGGUACUCUCGUUCCAAGUUUUUGGACUAUACCAACGACAAUCUCUCAUUCUAUCCUUCACCCACAGGUGUAUUGAUUGGUAUCGACCUUGCCUAUAAUUACAUGUCUGCGUAUGGAAAUUGGUUCCCUGGUUCAAAACCUCUCAUUCGUAAGGCUAUGGCCAAAAUUAUGAAAGCCAAUCCAGCUCUCUAUGUUCUCAGAGAACGUAUUCGAAAGGGUCUUCAAUUGUAUUCUUCAGAGCCAACUGAACCAUAUUUGAACAGUCAAAAUUAUGGAGAGUUGUUCAGUAAUCAGACCAUCUGGUUUGUGGACGACUCGAAUGUGUAUCGUGUUGUUGUUCACCAAACUCAUGAAGGUAACUCUGCCAAUAAGCCAAUCAACGGUGCCAUCUUUAUCUUCAAUCCAAAGACUGGUCAAUUUUAUUUGAAGGUUAUUCACACAAGUGUGUGGGCUGGUCAGAAACGUAAGGGACAAUUGGCUAAAUGGAAGACGGCAGAAGAAGUUACCAGUUUGAUUCGUUCUCUUCCAGUCGAAGAACAACCAAAACAAAUUAUCGUUACAAGAAAGGGUUUGUUAGAUCCUCUUGAAGUUCACUUGCUGGACUUCCCUAACAUUGUGAUUAAGGGAAGUGAACUCAAUUUACCAUUCUCAGCUCUGCUCAAGAUUGAUAAAUUUAAUGACUUGGUCAUUAAGGCAAACGAACCAAAGAUGUUGGUGUUCAACUUGUUUGAUGACUGGAGAGAAACCACAAAUUCUUACACUGCCUUCCUCAGAUUAAUUUUGAUAUUACGUGCAUUUAACGUGAAUGCUGAAAAGACAAAGAUGAUUUUGAAGCCUAACAAGACAACCAUUACUCAACCACAUCAUGUUUGGCCAACUUUGGAUGAUCAGACAUGGAUGAAGGUAGAGCUUGCCUUGAAGGAUUUAAUUUUGUCGGACUAUGGAAAGAAGAACAAUGUCAAAGUCACUUCUUUAACUCAAUCCGAAGUUCGUGACAUUAUUCUCGGUAUGGAGAUUGCUCCACCAUCCAUCCAACAACAACAAAUCGCAGAGAUUGAAAAGGAGGCUAAGGAGGCAACUCAACUUACCACUAUUACUACCAAGAAAACAAACGCCUAUGGUGAAGAAAUUAUUACUGUGACAUCUACUCCCUAUGAACAAGAAACCUUCAGUAGUAAGACCGACUGGAGAAUGAGAGCCAUUUCUGCUCCCAACCUUCAAAUCAGAACGAAGCGUAUCUUUAUCGAGCAAGAGGAAAUUUCUGAGAACGCUUAUGAUUAUGUGUUACCAAUGAAUAUUCUCAAGAAAUUUAUUGCAAUUUCAGAUUUAAGAACUCAAGUCAUGGGUUAUGUCUAUGGAAAAUCACCUGAAGACAAUCCAAAGGUCAAGGAGAUUCAUUGCAUUGUGCUUGUUCCACAAUUAGGUACCCAUAAGACCAUUAGCGUUCCAAAGCAGCUUCCUGAUCAUGAAAUUUUGAAUUCUCUCGAACCCCUUGGUUGGAUUCACACACAACCUUCCUCCGUCAGUCACACCACUUUGACUCCUCAAGAUGUCACUUUCCACUCGAAGGUUAUGAGCCAACACAAAUCAUGGGAUGGAGAAAAGACUGUCACUAUUACAUGCCAAAUUACUCCUGGAUCCUGCAACUUGACAGCUCAUAAAUUAACACCAGAAGGUUAUGAUUGGGGAAGAAAGAAUAAGGACAUUUUCAGUGACGAACCACAAGGAUUUAAUCAUGGUGCAUUCUAUGAAGGCGUCCAAUUAAUUUUAUCAGAGUCAUUCAUGGGAUUCUUCAUGGUUCCAGAGGAAGGAUCUUGGAACUACUACUUUAUGGGAUAUGGUCACACUGAAAAUAUGGAAUAUGGUGUCACUCUUGGUGUACCAAAAGAAUUUUAUCAUGAAGUUCAUCGUCCUCAUCACUUUUGA